AUGGUGUUAUAUUUAAAGACUUUAGCUGUUAUAUUCGCUGUUAUUUUUACUGAUAGUUUUGCAUUUAUACUUGCUGUUAUAUUUGAUGUCACUCGUGACACUAUAUCUACUUUAUUUUAUGUUUUACUUCGUGAAACCUUCAAUUUGCCCAUAAUUGAAGAAGUCAAGUGGAAUAGUUGUAAAGUAAAUGCUAGUAGUUUUGCUGCUCUUCUCAACGAACAAAAUUUAGAGUUUACUAUUCAAGCUCCACAACUUGUUGAUAUUUCCAACUCUCAACAACCUUCGGUAAGUCAAUUAUCUACAUCAGUUGCACAAUAUAUGGCUGAAGAAUGUCGUAUUAAUGUUGUUCAGCCUCCGGUAAGACAAAAUCUUCAUCAACUUCUUCAUCUUCAUCUCCAAACACAUCCAAAACACCACGAAAGUCUGACAAUCUAGUCGAAGAGUUGAAGAUACCUGCAAAGUUCGGUCCACAAGUUCUUUUCAACUCAACACAAUAUGGCGUUCAUAGUAGAUCAGGAUGAGAAAUGAUUAGCAUAAUUUUAUGGACAAUUAAAAAGGUUUUAUGCUUUAUUGUUAGCAUUUACUAUUUGUUAGAUCUUCAUUUUCAUAACUGAUGAGUCUUUUCAAGAAGAUGUUGCUAAACGAAAGCUUUGAUAAAAAAUCAAAAAAGACUUUCUCUUAUAUUUAAUAAAUAACUUAACUUGUUGUAUGCGAUUACUAGUUAUUAACUUUAUUUUUUUAUAAGUUUAUUUAUUUUAUAUUUUUAAAUUGUUGUUACUUAUUGUUGUUACUAAUAGUUUUAUAUUUAAGUUGUU